AUGUUCGUGCGCCGUCAGCUGUUGGACGCAAACCAAAUCCGGCUGUUCUCACUCACUCUAAAUCGACCGCAUCUGUGGCCUACUAGCUCCGUGUCGUCCAGCAAGACGCUUGAAGAGGCAGAGCCCGUCCAGGGCACUCCCAUCCCUCCUGCUUAUCAUCUAUGCUACUUUACCCCAGCACAGCUACCCGGUAUAUUAGGGCUGGACGGCACGGACGCGAGUUUCAACCCCGAUGCACCCUUCACGAGACGCAUGUGGGCUGGCGGAUCAUGUCAUUGGCCCGGUGCCGAUCCCAACUCAAUCCACCAGGCGCUUUUGGUGGUUGGCGAUACCGUCACCGAGGUGACCAGGGUGUUGAGUUGCGAGCCAAAGGUAAUUGGCAAGACCGGGGAGAGCAUGCUGGUCGUGGGCGUGGAGAAGGAGUUUCGGAACGGCAAAGACGAGCUGUGUGUCCUGGACCGGAGGAAUUGGGUCUUUCGAGUAGCCCUCGACCCAUCGAAGCCUGCUCCACUGGUUCCCAAGCCGAAGGAAUUAUCGCAGGCGGAGCUUGACGAGAGCGUCAAGGGGAAACUGUGGAGGGAAUACAGCCGCGACGAGGCGACACUUUUUCGGUUCUCAGCGCUGACGUUCAAUGCGCACCGGAUUCACUACGAUAAGCCAUGGGCAACGGAAGUGGAGGGUCACAGGAAUGUGGUCGUCCAUGGUCCGAUGAAUCUGAUUGCCAUGUUGGAUCUUUGGCGGGACGAGGCCAGUGUCUUUAGAGGGAUCGGUGAAGGGUCAGCACAGGACGACGCGGUUGUGUAUUAUCCGCAGAUGAUUGAGUAUCGGGCUACGAGCCCUGUAUACGGCAGGGAACCCUACCGGGUGAUGAUGAAUAAGGAGGCGGUGGACAAGAAGGAGGCAGAGACAAGGGUGGUGAGCAACGAUGGCACGGUGUGUAUGAAGGGGACAGUGACGGAUUGGUCUCUGAGCAAGUAG